AUGGUUUGCGCUGCACAUAGCGUGGUCUGGUAAGGGGUAGUGUGCUGAGUGCAUGUUUAAGGUUGCCCCGAGGACAGUUAAGGGAAAUAUACCUAGCUCUUUUUGUCAGCUUAAUUUAUCAACACCUAAAUGUGCAGAAAGACGACGGCAAAACGGAAGAAACAGGACUUCAUGGAGUAAUGUGCCCUUAUAUACAGUCUCGACAUCCCUGCUCUAUAGGGCGGGCAACAUCAAGGUAAAGCGUAGAAGCAAAGCAGUCGCUAUUUUGUCUAAUGCAAGGCCAAGCGAGGGUGAUCACCGAGCCAGCUUUAGUCUUCGUCUGGAUCCUCAAAAGGGAUGCAGUCGUUCAUUAUCAAAAUUAAUUGACGGCAUUAUGUAGGAGGAGUGGGGGGGGGGCAGGGCACGAAUUAUUGCGCCGUGUGGGCUGGUGGCCUUGAGUUUCCACCGGCAAACACUUGGGCACCGCCGCAUAAGUUAUUCUUCGAGCUUUUCGCCUUCCAUUGGUUUAUUCGAUCAGCUCCUUGGGUGAUUUCUUAGCGUGCCUCAAGAUGGCCUGUCUUCCUUCGCAAAACAAACGUCACCUUCGUUUUCCUCCCACAGUCCGUCAACCUUUCGAAACUGUGAAACGCCGUUUUGGGACAGGAAGGUCUGGAUUACCUGACUGGCAUCGUCUAAUCUUCUUCUGCACCACUGCGAUGUGCAGCCAAGCGUCUACGUUGUUUGGCCGUGUCUUCCGUGUCUUAUCCCAAAGUAUGAUCUUCGUUCAUCUAAUGUUUCCUAGGGCUCGGCUUUUUUUCAUCCGUUCAUACGGAUUUGCAGCGUCACUUCCUAAACCCAAGGGUUCACAGUCUAUUACGGAAGCUCGUUUCACAGUCGGACCUGGCAUUAGUUCAUCGCCCGAAAUUUCGCACCGAAAAAACUCCGAGUAUAAAGCUCCUUUCGGACUCAGAAUUACAGGCGGUAACGUUGAUCUUCUUGUGUUCGACUUCUUUAAAGUAGGUUAAAACAUUCUCAAAAGUUCUCACGGCGCAGAAAUUACAAAUGCCCCCUGUAAUGAAUCCGCGAGUAGACAAUCUAGAGGAAAACAUUAUUGUGAGGGAUCCUAACCUUUGUGGGCUUCUUCCAGGAAACCAAAAGCUGGUUUUUGUCGAUAUUGGCUUGGAGUCCACGAGAAGGCAGCGUCUUAUGGUCAUUCGUGAGGCUGACGGAACCCUUCGUCAUGCAAACCCGUCAGAGAGAGAUCGUUUGAACCAGGUGUAUUUUCCGUUACCGGGUAGGCGGUUGCGCGUCCCAUCCAUGCUCCGGACCCCCAAUUUCGAGGUAUGUAUGGCUCACCAAUUGCAAAACUUCGUUCCUUUUUAUUUUCAUAUUUUUUAAAGGUUUUCUUGAAGAGCGCUUUGUCCGCUUUAAUGUCGAACAUCAGAAAGAAGCCAAUUAGGACAAUAGAAGAGAAGGCGCCUGGUGGGCAUUUCCUCUUUGUAAAUUUUAUGAGUAGCGCUCGGAGGCUGAAGGACUUGUCCUUGGUUGCAGGCACGUCCAUUAGGUAUACAACUCAUAGUUUGCCUUCCCCCAACCAGAAAAGCAGUUUCUCGUGGUAGAUAUUUUCAUCAGCCGUGCCUCGCAUGCAUCUAUUAGAAAAGUUGACAUAGUAUUGCAUGAUUUAGAAAAUUAAUGAAAAUUUUUGGGUUCAUGACCGGCAGCCAUCAUUCAUCCUAGUCAACUACGGUUGUCACUUAACGCUGACCACAUGUAAAAAGGCCACAAAUUCUUAAUACCAAAAGGAUCUGUUAUAGCUUGGCUUGCGUUAAGUGGCGUGGUCCCCAGUCAGUGUGCUAGUAUGCGUUUUUGUGAUCUUAGAUGAAUAGUAUAUUUUACUGACCUCUGAUGGGGCUCCCCAUAUUCGUAAGCGUCUUGUUUGGAACCUGGCGCAUUUUAUUGAUCCGGGGCCACUCUGCCGAAUUCAGUUGGCUAUCUGUUUUCUCCAGACUACGAGGCUUUUUGAACCUACCCCACUGGCCAGAUAGCCAAGAAGUCUUUCGAAAUAAUGGCGUGUCACGGAUUGCACUUUCGUGCUUCCGCGUUUGCUGAUUUUUUCUCGUGUUCAUUCUUCGUAAGUUUAUCUUCGUUUUGUUGCGUCAUCAUCAUCGUAGUUUUCAGUAAAGCAACGGUUUUCCUCUCUGUUUUGCAUGAAGGCCACCCUUAGGUCUGGACGUCAUGAGUACAUACUAGAUCGCUUGCUGGCUCAGUUCGAGCCCGACGAUCCAGAGUAUAUUCGACUUUGUCACGCUGUCUAUGAUGACGCAGAGGCGCGCAUCUGGAGUUACUACAACGCUGAAAAUACCGGUGGGUCCUUCUCUACGUCUGCUGAUGAAACUGAGCCCACAAAACACGUGGUAACUCGGUUACGGUAUACUCGGCACUACGGUCCCUUUGCCCUUUACGUCAUUGCUAGCCUCGGCCGGCCAGAAAGUCUGUUGCAGGAGGCGCUAUCACACCAGGCUUUUGAUACUGCAGAGCACAUCCUCCACCUUACUUGCAUACUACAGCCUCAGUCUGAAGCUGCGGAGGCCCUGAACAAGCGUCACAACUUUCCAUCAUGCUUGGAUCACGAAAAUAACGACGAAUCGCAGCCUCUGUUGAAGCGCCAUAUCGAGCGUACACUAGAACUGGUUCGGGUAUGCCAACUUUUCUGCUAAUGAACCACAGUUAUCCAACUUUCGUAAAAGAUCUUUAGACAUGCUUGUACGUCUUAGACAUGUUUUUUAGCAUUUAUUUUAGGGCAACAUAUGGUUUGGUCCUUCAAAGGCAAUAGUAACUUGGGCUUUCUCCAACUAGUCUGUGAAGUUACGCUCAUUUUGUCCUGUUUUGCAACACGCUUAGGCUCUUCCGCGCGGUCUUGGGGUAGUGUGAUUUAACUUUUGCAGUUGACACCACUUAGCCCUUGUAACUGUUCGCGUAGGCUCCUUGAUCACUCUGUCGAUUUCUACUAACGGGAUAAUACCUCGUCGUCAUAAGUUAUUGACAGCAUUUUCAAAAGUAACCCUGGACUGUACUUCAACUGACAGACAGCGUUCGCAGUCACAAAUAAGUUUUCUCCAAAUGAGCUUGCUUAGCGGAAAGACUUGCAUCUUUUAGUAAUCCCAGCCUAACAAAGUACAGCCUGAGCUUUAGUGUAUAUCCCACUACAGUCAUUAUAUGUCUCUAUAACGUCGGAAGGGCCUAUGGGUAGAGUUAUCUUCUCUAAGUUCACCUCUUACAUGAAUGGUGGCUGUAAAAACGGCUUCGAAACGGAUAAAGUUACUGAUGAUUGCUUUCUUUAAAGCCAGACCCCCAUGCUUUGUUGCGAAAGUAUUACUUGUGUACUAGGUUCUCCAUUCUUGGCUGUCCAACAGGCUCCCUGGUAUCAUGCACAAGUUCAUGUAAGCGCCAGGAUUAAGGAAUAGUAACGUUCUUUUAUAUUUUUGCUUCCGUCAAAUAGUCAUAUCCGUCUUAAUCGUUCUGUCAACUCAUUCAGAGCCACCGGACGCCUGGUUCAUCCAUUCAUUUACCCAGUAGGUCCGGUCGGGCUUUAGAGCAUCUAGCGCAAAUCCUAACGCCUUACGGCCUCCGUAAUGGUUUAGUUUGGACGGCCAAUUAGGCGGUUUCACACCUCUCAUACUAUAGGCAGUGAACCGUGCAUGAUCAUGACUGGACAGUCCUCAAUCCUUGUCAACUUUAUUUAACGAUCGAAAAUGCCGUUCUCAUCGUUUACUCGAGUAAACCUGCGCACCGAUGACGCUAGAUGAUGUAUUUUCAAUAAAGCAACGUUUGGAAAUUGAUUAUUGUUUUCCAAGUUUUUAAUCUGAUUUCUUCCACACAUUAAAAUUGCUCUUUUUGGCGUAAUACAGAACUUUCGGUUUCUAUGCAAAUGGGCCUGCCUCAAAUUUUCGGUACAGAUGGUUUAAAAUGCGUUGUCAACCGGAGUCACAGUAUUCAAAUUUAUUCCUUGCGCAUAGAAUUGAGAAGCUGCCUCCCUUCGAAAGAAUUUCCUGUGGACCUUUUAGCGUUUCUGUAUUUUUUAUUUCAGACUUUUAUUGAAAGUUCGAAUCUCACACCAGAAAAGAAGACACAGCUCGAGUUGACGUUACUCCAGUGCCAGCAAUCGUCGGAGUCUGAACCAUCAAAAAAGACUUCCGUUCAGUGACCUCACUGUCUGUUGUCCGCCAUACGACUUAUAUCAAUAAAUUUGCCUUUUCAAGGGCCGUCGCGCUUCUUGAUUUCAUGUUUGUUGUAGUCCCACUUUUUCUGUGUUUUGUGGUUGGUAACUAGACUUCACUUCUAUUCAGUGGUAUUCUCAUUUGGUUGCAUUAUUGCAUACUAGCCCUCGUGUAAGCUCCACACCUUUUUCGGCGAGGUAUCUCGAGGUUGUCUUUUUUGCUCCUGUCUUCUUUGACUAGAUUUGUUUCAGGCGGGUUGUUCUGUUUACUUAUUUCGGAAGAAAUGCAGCCUAGAAUUGUCUAACCUGUGCUGGCUCACUGAAACCUGAAAUUUCCAAGCAGCUUGUCAUUUAUUUUGGUCAAAGUGGGUCGAAUCGAUUGACCUCCGCGUGCACGUUCUGUCUCUAAAGCAGCACUACCGGUGACGUACACGGUCGUCUUAACGAGAAGUAUUUGCGCCGGCCAGUGUUUUGAAUCUGGAAUUGUCAGCUUUAACUCACACCCGUUGCCGAGUAAUUGGUCUUUGUACUUCAUGUCAACAUGUCCUCUUCCUGUUCCGCCGUACUUGAAACUUGUUCUGUCCAAAUAAGGAAUUGGAGUUCAUUUUGCUAAAGUUUUGUGACCAAGGAUCUUCUCCGUAGGUUGUCCUCUGCCCUACUUCGUUGCAAAACUGGUAGACCUGGUUAUUCAACUUAUGCCUGUUAUUGCCAAGUUCUUGUUCAGAAACCCAAACAUUGGAGUCGAUCAAUCAUGCGGGAAAAAAUCACACGCGUAGUGUUCAGCAAUCAGUUUUGACUGCAGGGUAAGAUAUAGACCUCCAAUAUUCGCUCGCUCGUUCGGUCUAGUAUCCUCAUUCACGGGCACAACGACGAGCAGUCUGUAACCAGGUGUCUUAAGAAACGUCAAGAAGGACUGGAAUGACCAUUUCUAGCUUGUUCACAGCCCAACUGCUGUCACUGGUUUUUCAUUGCUGUGACAUCGCUGGGACUCGAAGCACAACAUAGCUUCCGUCGAGCAAUCAGGGUUGAUUGUUGGACGCCGCUGCGUUGAAGCCAAACGAUCCCAAUCGCGGUCGGCAGGACACGGGUCCGUGCGCCAGUGGCGAGCGCUGGCUCGACGGUUGAAGACCUGGACUAAAUCUACAGGUUUACUCGGCCGGAUAUAACUAUCUGGCUAGGAAAGCUAAACUAUUCCAGUCCCUCUCUAUCGGUAAGGAUUGGCAAUGAUUAGUCGUAUUAGAUUAUUAUUUCCUGAAAGUAUGGUGCUCGUUUAUCUGCUGUCUUUUGUAUUCUCCUUGUUCUUUUCGACAUAGUUUAAUCAACUCCUGAAAGAGGCGAAAUUUUUUAUUUCGCUGGCCUACGGCACCUCCGCCUACUAUCUAGGUUUGCGGACGUGGUAUGACCGGAUCACAGAUCGUCUCAUCCUUGGCGGCCUACCCGUGCUGUCUAAAUGGGAGGAAAUUCAGAAGAGAGAAAAGAUUACGCACGUGGUCAGCCUGCUCGAGCCUUUCGAAGUAAAAUCCUUUGUUCUCGGCCCCGCGGGGGCUGCCUCUCGCGGCCUUAACUAUCUGUCCCUGCCCGUAGUUGACUUCACAGGUGUUCCGACGACAAGUCAGGCAAGUUGGGCCCGAGGAUAAGGCUCCUUAAUACUAAGUUAAAACCCACCCUCUCCGCCUCUUAUUUUUGAUCAGCUGAAUCUCAGGAGGAAAUUCCUGUAAUAAGAGUCUAUCGAAUUCCCAUCUCUUUUCGUCCACGACAAAUCGCUCGGGAUAUUUGUAUAUCGCUCCAAUAACUCGCCCGUCAUAAUAGACGGUGAUCCCAUUCACGCCAGUGGUUGCUGUAUGAGUGACAUGGUGAUUAGUAGUGGUUUUCAUGUGUGCGCGUAAGACGGAAUUAGCCAGCGCGACUCCUGAAAGUUCAGGGCCAGCUGGGGCAGCCAAGAGGCUUGACUGUUUGGCCGGAGCUCCUGGAGCUAGUCAUUCAUUAGCGUAACGACAGGUUCUCUGUUGUCUGUCGGGGUUGGUGCCACACUAGUGCACGUCUACAGCUAGGAAAGGUUGCAUUAUGCUGACGCGGCUGCGAUUGUCUUCUGUUUUCUGACAAGAUUUGUUCUGUAGUGAUUACGGGACGUCCGACGAAGGGGAAUCCUGGCCGAAGGAUACGACCCCAGUGACAUGGGGUCAGCGCGGUUUUGUCGGCGAUGCUGGGGUGUGUCGGAUGAGGGCGGUGGCACUGAUGUAGCGAUAUGUAAUAGUGUCCUACGGCACCAGUCAUAACCUCGCACGUGCACUGGCGGAUUGGCCUGCCGGGGGGAGAUUGGCCAUUGGAAGUCCAGUUUCUCGUGCCUGCCACUCCCUUUUGAGUCAAUGGUUUGUCUAGUCUCGAAGAUUGCCGCCACCGAUUUCACGCAGAUCCCUACUUCUCCAAUUCUGCAUGAGGGGCUCCCCAGGUCUCAUGAUUGGUUGAAUGAGGAUCUCCUUACUACAGGCGGUCUUGCGCAAACUUCCAUAGGUCUACCUAUUUCCGUGUCCCGAAUUUAAUUUUGCCACAAACUCUCCUAGCCCUAGUACUAACCACUUUCUGUUUAGGUCGAUGUGGGCAUCGACUUCAUUGAUUCAUGCAACAGCCGGGGGUCAAGUGUCUACGUCCACUGCAAGGCCGGUCGAACUCGAUCAGCUUUCCUGGUUGCCUGUUAUUUAAUGUCCCGUUACGACCUCUCGCCCACUGAGUCCGUCGAGAUGAUACGGGCUAGUCGGAAACACAUCCUAUUCCAUGAUGUACAUAUGGAUGGCCUUCAGCGUUAUCAUCGCAUUCUACAAGAGCGCCGGGCUUCUAGGAAAGGUAUGUACCAUAUUUGAAUGGUUUUUUGAUAUCGAAUGUCACAGCCACUCUUUCAUGCGAGGAGAGAGGCAGUAAUACAGUAAGAGACACUACUUUGCCCUACAAAUUAUGUGGACGCUGUCAAAUGAGCCCUACACGGGAAACUCUAUGCUUGACACUUCACGCGGAAGUUAUUUAGACUUUCCUGUGGCGUAAGACGUGACUUGCAGUUGCAGUCUCGACUGACUUACGUUACAUAAAUCAUACUAAUAACUGACGCACACAACAAGGUGAACGGGGGCUUUUAUGACUCAGAUCGGUUGUUGUUCCGUAUGCAGAAGUCUAUCGUCAACGAAUGCUAGAUGAGGACUUUUUAUUUAUUUUGUUGCGAUUGCAGAUAUUUAAAAUCAGACGGAAGUAUUAUUUACCCAUAUAGCACUAAUGUAGAGCAGUAUACAGACAUUUGUUUUGCCCUGUAGCUUCAGGCUGACGUCCUUUCAGGCGGUCGCAAAGCAACCAGCGAUCACUGAUGAAGAAAUCGGAUAACACAUGCACAGGGACUGAGUGACUGUCCCUGGCUGUUGUUAUUAGCUAUCCAGCUAGUAAAGAAGUCAAAAAUUCCAACUUCAAUGCAACUAAUACGCCUCCUUCCUUGAAAGUAAUUGCGCGUCGCUGAUCCAGUGUCGGUUUUUGAUUCGGUGGCGACCAUUGUGCCGAUAACCAUAAUGUGGUGCGCUUAUAAACCAUACUUCUUCCGAACUUCCUGUAAUCAGUGUUAACACUAACAUCCUAACUUUCCCAUUGCCCCAGAAUUUGUUUAUUUUGGUAAGCUUACGCCGUUGUGGUAAAGUUGCUCUUUGAAAAGGAGAAUAUUCGCCGUCUCGUUCACAUGCCAUUUAGGCGCAUUUUUACGACGGUUUCUUGUUUUCUUUUUAGACUGA